GUUCAUCCCAGAGGAGAGGAAAGGCGAGCCAGCCGCUGUAAAUAUGCCUGGAUGGAGGUCUCAGUGGCGUCUCGUCCUGCUGAACUCCCUGACCUGUGGCCUGGAGAUCUGCGUGGCAGCUGGGAUCACAUACGUGCCCCCCUGCUGCUGGAGGCGGGCGUGGAGGAGCGCUACAUGACCAUGGUGUUAGGUAUUGGUCCAGUGCUCGGCCUGCUGUUCAUCCCUCUCAUUGGCUCAGCCAGUGACCAGUGCAACAGCAGUUAUGGAAGGAGGCGGCCGUUCAUCUGGCUGCUGUCUUUAGGAGUUCUUCUGGCACUUUUCAUCAUUCCCAACGCCGACUUACUGGCUGCACGCUUUGCCUGGGGCGGGCGCACCCUCCAGGUGGGCUUCCUUAUCCUCGGGGUGGGGCUUCUUGACUUCUGUGGACAGGUGUGCUUCACACCACUAGAGGCUCUCCUGUCGGACCUUUACAAGGACGAGGAGGACUGCGGGCAGGCCUUUGCCAUGUUCUCCUUCAUGGUCAGCUUGGGAGGCUGUGUGGGAUAUUUGCUCCCCUCACUGGACUGGAGUAGUGGCCUGCUCUCUGUUUACCUAGGAGGCCAGGCCGAGUGCCUCUUCUCCAUCCUCAUCAUCAUCUUCGUCACCAGUGUGCUCAUCACCAUGAAGGUGUCUGAGGAACCCUCGUGUCCCAGCAGCGUCUUGGCGGGACCUGGAUCUCUGUUGGAGGCGGGGCCCGGUACGAUAGAGGGGGCCCGGUGCGGGGUGCCGCGCUCCUGCUGCUACCUGCUGAAGUGCAAGCUGAGGCUCCUGAAGUCCGGCCCCCUGCUGUGCCUGCUGAGGACCUGCUGGACCAUGACCCCCGCCAUCUACAGGAGCUACUGCCACGUCCCGCCGGUGAUGCGGCAGCUGUGUGUGGCUCAGCUCUGCAGCUGGAUGGCCGUCAUGUCUUUUAUGCUUUUCUACACAGACUUUGUUGGGGAAGGCCUGUACGAGGGCGUGCCCAGCGCAUCACCGGGAAGCGUGUCCAAGCAACGAUACGAUGAAGGUAUCCGUAUGGGCAGCCUGGGCCUGUUCCUGCAGUGUGCUACCUCAACCUUCUUCUCCCUGGUCAUGAGUCGCUUGGUUCGACACUUUGGUUCUCGGUGGGUCUACAUGAGCAGCAUGGUGACCUUCACCUUCUCUGCUUUGGUCAUCUGCCUGUCCAAAAGUGUGGUCUUGGUCACUGUAAUGGCUUCCCUCACUGGAUAUGCGUACGCCACACUGCAGACUCUGCCCUACACACUCACCUGCCACUACCACAAAGAGAAAGAGAUCUAUAUGCCAAAAAGGAAAACCAAAAGCGUGCAUAUAAAAGGUAUUCCACCCAAGCGGGACUAUUCGCCUCCUGUGGAAGACGCGCUCCCUUUGUUCAACAAGGACAGUUAUGAGUACUACCCCGGUCCCCUGAAGCAGAACGGCUCGUCUCACAGCCCCGGUGGCACGGAACAGGAAGAGGUCGAGUCAGGGUUUGAGAAACGUGGCGUUGGUUUGGACUUUGCCAUCUUAGACAGCACCUUCCUCCUCUCUCAGGUUUUCCCCACCCUCUUCAUGGGCAUGAUCGUUCAGUUUGCGCAGUCCGUCACUGCCUACAUUGCCUGCUCCGCCAUUUUUGGUGCCAUCGCCAUCUAUUUGGGCAGUCAAAUCAUCUUUGACCAAAAAGACCUUAAAAGCUGAGACUUGGAGGUAAAACGUUGGAGCAAUGGAAUCAUUAUAAUAUCAAUCAUUCAGGUUCCAUGGGCGGGAACUCAACAAUGCACUACUGAUUCCAGAACGCCUUGAAAAGUGUUUGCUUUUAUGAAAAUAAGCUCUGCGUUCGGGAAGUGUGUGUCAGGUUAUAAAAGAGUGGUUACAAUAGACUUUUUAUCUGCCAAUGAAGUGCAGUUCUGUGUUAGAGCGGGUGUUGUUACCUGCUACCUGGAGAGUCAACACCAACUGUGUGCUCAGGUCAGGUGUGGUUCUCUAUGGACGCAAAUUAAUUCUAAAGAAGUCUUUCUAAAA